CCUGGGCGAUGAGCGACUGGCCGCCGGGAUCGACCCUGCUGAGGACUACUCGAUGGUAGAGAUGUACGAUAGUCACCAGUCUGUGAUGAUGGCGACUCGUCGAACACGGCAGCUGCUGGGCAACGAGAUCGCCGAACACGCUCGCCACCACCACCUCGACCUCAAGCGGCUAGACGUCCAGUGCUCCAACCAGGGCAUGCAGGUGCGCCUGGAGUUUCUGGAGCCUUUCGAUGGCGUCGUAUACAGCAAGGGUCACUUUGAGGAUCCCAAAUGUCGGUACGUGCAGGCUGGCAGCGGUCGAGCGGAGUACAGUUUCACGGUUCCUAUGAGGGGGUGCGGCAGCCGCCCGUCCUCCGGCCAGUGUUCCUCCGGCUCUUGUGGUCUCGGCCACGCUAUGGACAACGUACUUGUCAUCCAGACAGACGAGUUCGUUCAGGAAGUUUGGGACCUGGCCAGACGGAUAUCCUGUCCCACCAGUUCCAACCUGAACCAGAAGACCGUGUACUUCCAGCCAAUCACUGUGGACAUGCUGGAAGUGGUGUCAGUCCCCUCAGCCCUCGGCACGAUAGACUGCUGGAUGGACAUACAGCGAGGCACAUACCCCAGAAUAACGCCGAUCAACGGCAUCAUCAAGAUCGGCGAGACGCUGACGGUUCUGGUGUACAUCAAGGACCCGGACAACGGCCUGGACCUGCUGGUGCGCGACUGCUGGGCGUACGAUGGUGAAGACUACGAGAGUCCGGAGACUACUAGGCUCCAACUCACCGACAAGCAAGGCUGUCCCAAGAAGAAGAAGUUGAUCCACUACUGGACGACAACCACCAACACAGGCAACUCUGGAGCAACCGUCCUCGCCUUCAACAACAUGACAGCCUUCAAGUUCCCGGACAAACAGCAAGUAUUCCUCACCUGCAACAUUGAGCUAUGUCCAGGAAAAUGCGAGGGAGGCUGUGGACAAACAACUGACAUGGUCACAGUGACUGUACCCGUAACAACAAUAAGGCCUCAAUGUUACCCCGGAUCGCCAGAUCCCAGAUGUCCUCAGCAACCAACCACACCUCGUCCUCCACAGUGUUACCCAGGAUCAACGGAUCCAAGAUGUCCACAAACGCCACGUCCACCUACUCGUCCACCAACAACACCAGCUGCUCCUCAAUGUUACCCAGGAUCACCAGAUCCCAGAUGUCCUCAGCAACCAACCACACCUCGUCCUCCACAGUGUUACCCAGGAUCAACGGAUCCAAGAUGUCCACAAACGCCACGUCCUCCUACUCGUCCACCAACAACUCCAGCUGCUCCUCAAUGUUACCCAGGAUCACCAGAUCCCAGAUGUCCUCAGCAACCAACCACGCCUCGUCCUCCACAGUGUUACCCAGGAUCAACGGAUCCAAGAUGUCCACAAACGCCACGUCCUCCUACUCGUCCACCAACAACACCAGCUGCUCCUCAGUGUUACCCAGGAUCGCCAGAUCCCAGAUGUCCUCAGCAACCAACCACACCUCGUCCUCCACAGUGUUACCCAGGAUCAACGGAUCCAAGAUGUCCACAAACGCCACGUCCGCCUACUCGUCCACCAACAACUCCGGCUGCUCCUCAAUGUUACCCAGGAUCGCCAGAUCCCAGAUGUCCUCAGCAACCAACCACACCUCGUCCUCCACAGUGUUACCCAGGAUCAACGGAUCCAAGAUGUCCACAAACGCCACGUCCGCCUACUCGUCCACCAACAACACCAGCUGCUCCACAAUGUUACCCAGGAUCGACGGAUCCAAGAUGUCCACAAACGCCACGUCCACCUACUCGUCCACCAACAACUCCAGCUGCUCCUCAAUGUUACCCAGGAUCGCCAGAUCCCAGAUGUCCUCAGCAACCAACCACACCUCGUCCUCCACAGUGUUACCCAGGAUCAACGGAUCCAAGAUGUCCACAAACGCCACGUCCACCUACUCGUCCACCAACAACUCCAGCUGCUCCUCAAUGUUACCCAGGAUCAACGGAUCCAAGAUGUCCACAAACGCCACGUCCGCCUACUCGUCCACCAACUACUCCAGGUGCUCCUCAAUGUUAUCCAGGAUCGCCAGAUCCCAGAUGUCCUCAGCAACCAACCACACCUCGUCCUCCACAGUGUUACCCAGGAUCAACGGAUCCAAGAUGUCCACAAACGCCACGUCCGCCUACUCGUCCACCAACAACUCCAGCUGCUCCUCAAUGUUACCCAGGAUCGCCAGAUCCCAGAUGUCCUCAGCAACCAACCACACCUCGUCCUCCACAGUGUUACCCAGGAUCAACGGAUCCAAGAUGUCCACAAACGCCACGUCCACCUACUCGUCCACCAACAACUCCAGCUGCUCCUCAAUGUUACCCAGGAUCGCCAGAUCCCAGAUGUCCUCAGCAACCAACCACACCUCGUCCUCCACAGUGUUACCCAGGAUCAACGGAUCCAAGAUGUCCACAAACGCCACGUCCACCAACUCGUCCACCAACAACUCCAGCUGCUCCUCAAUGUUACCCAGGAUCAAUGGAUCCAAGAUGUCCACAAACGCCACGUCCGCCUACUCGUCCACCAACAACUCCAGCUGCUCCUCAAUGUUAUCCAGGAUCGCCAGAUCCCAGAUGUCCUCAGCAACCAACCACACCUCGUCCUCCACAGUGUUACCCAGGAUCAACGGAUCCAAGAUGUCCACAAACGCCACGUCCGCCUACUCGUCCACCAACCACUCCAGCUGCUCCUCAAUGUUACCCAGGAUCGCCAGAUCCCAGAUGUCCUCAGCAACCAACCACACCUCGUCCUCCACAGUGUUACCCAGGAUCAACGGAUCCAAGAUGUCCACAAACGCCACGGCCGCCUACUCGUCCACCAACAACUCCAGCUGCUCCUCAAUGUUAUCCAGGAUCUAAUGAUCCUAGGUGUCCACAAUCUACACGCCCAACAACUCCAUCCUUUUGUUUUCCAGGCACUAAAGAUCCUAGAUGUCCUGCGGAUAAAAUUCCACCCUUCAGUACAAGACCUCCUUCAACAUACUUGCCACCUGUUUCAACACCUCCAACCCCUCCGUCAAGGCCACUUCAAUGCUAUCCAGGAUCUACAGACCCGCGAUGUCCUCAAACUCCACGACCCCCAACAACACCAGCUGUUCCACAAUGUUAUCCUGGAUCCACAGAUCCAAAGUGUCCUAAGCAACCAAUCACACCUCGUCCGCCACAAUGCUAUCCUGGAUCGACAGACCCGCGUUGUCCUCAAACUCCACGACCCCCAACAACACCAGCUGCUCCACAAUGUUAUCCUGGAUCCACAGAUCCAAGGUGUCCUAAGCAACCAACCACACCUCGUCCGCCACAAUGCUAUCCUGGAUCGACAGACCCGCGUUGUCCUCAAACUCCACGACCCCCAACAACACCAGCUGCUCCACAAUGUUAUCCUGGAUCCACAGAUCCAAGGUGUCCUACGCAACCAACCACACCUCGCCCGCCACAAUGUUAUCCUGGAUCGACAGACCCGCGUUGUCCUCAAACUCCACGACCCCCAACAACACCAGCUGCUCCACAAUGUUAUCCUGGAUCCACAGAUCCAAGGUGUCCUAAGCAACCAACCACACCUCGUCCGCCACAAUGCUAUCCUGGAUCGACAGACCCGCGUUGUCCUCAAACUCCACGACCCCCAACAACACCAGCUGCUCCACAAUGUUAUCCUGGAUCCACAGAUCCAAGGUGUCCUAAGCAACCAACCACACCUCGCCCGCCACAAUGUUAUCCUGGAUCAACAGACCCGCGUUGUCCUCAAACUCCACGACCCCCAACAACACCAGCUGCUCCACAAUGUUAUCCUGGAUCCACAGAUCCAAGGUGUCCUAAGCAACCAACCACACCUCGUCCGCCACAAUGCUAUCCUGGAUCGACAGACCCGCGUUGUCCUCAAACUCCACGACCCCCAACAACACCAGCUGCUCCACAAUGUUAUCCUGGAUCCACAGAUCCAAGGUGUCCUACGCAACCAACCACACCUCGCCCGCCACAAUGUUAUCCUGGAUCGACAGACCCGCGUUGUCCUCAAACUCCACGACCCCCAACAACACCAGCUGCUCCACAAUGUUAUCCUGGAUCCACAGAUCCAAGGUGUCCUACGCAACCAACCACACCUCGCCCGCCACAAUGUUAUCCUGGAUCGACAGACCCGCGUUGUCCUCAAACUCCACGACCCCCAACAACACCAGCUGCUCCACAAUGUUAUCCUGGAUCCACAGAUCCAAGGUGUCCUAAGCAACCAACCACACCUCGUCCGCCUCAAUGCUAUCCUGGAUCGACAGACCCGCGUUGUCCUCAAACUCCACGACCCCCAACAACACCAGCUGCUCCACAAUGUUAUCCUGGAUCCACAGAUCCAAGGUGUCCUACGCAACCAACCACACCUCGCCCGCCACAAUGCUAUCCUGGAUCAACAGAUCCGCGUUGUCCUCAAACUCCACGACCGCCAACAACACCAGCUGCUCCACAAUGUUAUCCAGGUUCCACAGAUCCAAGGUGUCCUACGCAACCAACCACACCUCGCCCGCCACAAUGUUAUCCUGGAUCGACAGACCCGCGUUGUCCUCAAACUCCACGACCCCCAACAACACCAGCUGCUCCACAAUGUUAUCCUGGAUCCACAGAUCCAAGGUGUCCUACGCAACCAACCACACCUCGCCCGCCACAAUGUUAUCCUGGAUCGACAGACCCGCGUUGUCCUCAAACUCCACGACCCCCAACAACACCAGCUGCUCCACAAUGUUAUCCUGGAUCCACAGAUCCAAGGUGUCCUAAGCAACCAACCACACCUCGUCCGCCUCAAUGCUAUCCUGGAUCAACAGACCCGCGUUGUCCUCAAACUCCACGACCCCCAACAACACCAGCUGCUCCACAAUGUUAUCCUGGGUCCACAGAUCCGAGGUGUCCUAAGCAACCAACCACAUCUCGUCCGCCACAAUGCUAUCCUGGAUCGACUGACCCGCGCUGCCCUCAAACACCACAACAACCAACAACUCCACGCCCUCCUCAAUGUUAUCCAGGCUCUAAUGACCCUAGGUGUCCACAAACUACACGCCCAACAACUCCAUCUUCUUGUUUUCCAGGCACCAAAGAUCCAAGAUGCCCGACCGAUAAAGUUCCACCUUUUAGUACAAGACCUCCUUCUACUUAUCUUCCACCUGUUACGACGCCCACAACCUCUCCCACACGCCCCCCUCAAUGUUAUCCUGGAUCUCCAGAUCCCCGAUGUCCAACAUCACCACCACAGUGUUACCCUGGUUCAAAUGACCCGCGAUGUCCAAAACCUACAACACCCCCGCAAUGCUAUCCCGGUUCAUUUGACCCUAGAUGUCCAAGACCACCACCUUCCACUACACAGCCUCCUCCAAACUGUUUCCUGGGAUCAACUGACCCAAGAUGUCCAAGACCACCACCUUCCACUACACAGCCUCCAAAUUGCUUCUUAGGAUCUACAGAUCCUAGAUGUCCAAGGCCACCGCCGUCAACUACUCAGCGCCCCCCAAAUUGUUUCCCAGGAUCUACAGACUCAAGAUGUCCAAGACCACCACCUUCAACGUCUCAGCGUCCUCCAAAUUGCUUCCCGGGAUCUACUGACCCAAGAUGUCCAAGACCACCACCAUCAACAACUCAGCGCCCCCCAAAUUGUUUCCCAGGAUCUACAGACUCAAGAUGUCCAAGACCACCACCUUCAACGUCUCAGCGUCCUCCAAAUUGCUUCCCGGGAUCUACUGACCCAAGAUGUCCAAGACCACCACCAUCAACAACUCAGCCCCCUCCAAACUGUUUUCUGGGAUCUACAGACCCAAGAUGUCCAAGGCCACCGCCUUCAACUACUCAGCGCCCUCCAAAUUGUUUCCCAGGGUCUACAGACCCAAGAUGUCCAAGACUACCACCAUCAACAACUCAACCCCCUCCAAACUGUUUUCUGGGAUCUACAGACCCAAGAUGUCCAAGGCCACCGCCUUCAACUACUCAGCGCCCUCCAAAUUGUUUCCCAGGAUCUACAGACCCAAGAUGUCCAAGACCACCACCAUCAACAACUCAGCCCCCUCCAAACUGUUUUCUGGGAUCUACAGACCCAAGAUGUCCAAGGCCACCGCCAUCAACUUCUCAGCGUCCUCCAAAUUGCUUCCCUGGAUCUACAGACCCAAGAUGUCCAAGGCCACCGCCUUCAACUACUCAGCGCCCUCCAAAUUGUUUCCCAGGAUCUACAGAUCCAAGAUGUCCAAGACCACCACCAUCAACUUCUCAGCGUCCUCCAAAUUGCUUCCCGGGAUCUACAGACCCAAGAUGCCCAUCUACUCCACCAACAUAUAUUCCCCCCAACCAAACUCCUUUUGUGUGCACUUGCAAUGGGACAACGUCUCGUCCUAUUGUCCCCCCUCUUUGUUUCCCGGGAUCAACAGAUCCUCGCUGUCAGGAUAUACCCAAUUGCUACCCUGGUUCUCCUGAUCCAAGAUGUUCUGAAAUAACUUUUAGGCCCACUCCAUCAUAUCCGACUAAUCAACAAUUCCCUAGCUAUCCCCCUCCUCGACCUACUGGCCCAUCUUACCCUACUUUGCCAUCUUAUUCACCGACACAACCUCCUCCACCAACUUACCCAACAUCAAAACCUCCUUCUCCUUCCUAUCCAACUUCUCGUCCACCAGUUUCAUCCUAUCCUCCUCAACCUUCUACAAGUUACCCCUCACCUAGACCUCCAAUUACUGGUUAUCCUAGGCCUUUGCCUCCUUCUUCUUCAUUUCCCACACCAUCAUCCUGUUAUCCAGGCUCUCCAGAUCCAAAAUGUCCACAACCAUUCCGUCCAUCAUCCACUAAAGUGCCAUCUACAUACCUUCCACCUCCUCCUGGUUGCUUCCCAGGAAGCACUGACCCUAACUGCAAUGAAAUAGGAGUUCCCGCUGAACCAGAAAUACCUCCAGACCAAUCACAAAGUGUUUUUACUGGUGUGAAGCCUCCUUGCUUUCCAGGUUCUAAAGAUAUUAGAUGCCUGACAAAGUCAACAACUCAAGAGAUUGAAGAAGGGUCAGAUUUAUCUCCGGAUUCACUCAACCCAAUCGCUGUAGGGACAACUGCCUUGACUACACAGGGAGAACAAGACUUCCACAGUAAAGAUGCUGAUCCCAGAUACCAUGCGUUUCACAGAUUCUUGUAUGAGCCUGUGAAACCACGGAGACGAAACUACGGCAAGAGAGACCUAACGGAAGUCUUGAGGAUGAUGGAACAAAGCUCCAAGACUGCCUCUGCCCCCACCCACCCCACUGCCAUCAUGAUACUCGGUGCGCUGACACUCCUAACGGUCGUGUCAUCUGUUUACGUAGGUUAUCAUUACUUCAAGCGAAAACCAGAUUCAAUCCUGCCUCAAUCUCUCGUCAAAUAGUCUUUGUUCAUCUGUUAGCUCAUUGUGAUUUUAAUAGAGACAUUUUUCUUCAAGAAUCCUUUUGCAAUAGAACUGAGAUUUUCUAAUAACACUUAUUGUCAGCAAUUGAAGAAAAUACAAAAUAUAAUAACUUUGAAUUAACAAACCAUAACAUCAAGGCUCUUACAACUAAUUCCAAUUUUUUUGACUAGUUUUAGUACUUUGCAAUUUAACGAAUAAUGAAAAUAUGAUUUAAUCAAAUAGUAAAGAAAGUAAUUUUGCAAUAGUUUUAAUAUUUUUAACUGCUCCUCACAGUAAUAGUUAUAAUAUUUAUCUGUAAGAAAUAUAAAUCAACCUAAAUUAAUCUCUAUAUGUAAUUUAUUGCAUUUCCAUUUAAUUAUGCCAAAUUUAUACUCCUGUUAAGCAAUAAAUUCAUUGAAGAGGUAAAAUUAAAAUACUUUUGUACUAUUCACAAUCUGUAAAGUAAGUUUAUCCGUUUAUCGUAUAUGUUACUAUUAUACGAAUCCAGCUCAACAGUAAUAAGUGUUGGAAGAUUGAAGAGUAUGAAUCUGUAACUUAGCGCUAUUAUGUAUUUUUUGUGAUACUACUUAACAAUUUGUAAUAUAUCUUUUUUAGUAUAGUGUAGGAAUUCAAUUAUCGUUCUUUUAUGUGUUCAAAUUAAACUGUUAUCAAUAGAAAUAAUGAUACAAACUCACAGAUAUUGUAUUCUAUCUGUGAGAAUGGAUUGAUUUUAUUCUGUAACUUCUCUUUUCUGCUUUACUGGAAGGUAAAUUAAAUGUUACUAUAAUUAGAUACAACUCAUUUUAUACAAAAUUUGCAAAUCUUUUCUGCAAAGUGAUAUAUUUGUUUUGUGCAUAUUUAUAGUUUUGCUUCGUAACAGCAAAGUAAUAAUGCAAGUUACCAUUAGUGCCAUAAUAUGAGCGGCAUUGAAAGAUGUAAGUGAAUAAUGAGUAUAAAGUUUGAAAAUGUCUUCUAAUUGAAAUUGUGAUGAGACUAACAUAGGUUAUGGGUCUCGGGACUUUAAAGCGUGAAAUGUUGCAGUAAAAUUCAAUAUUUAUCUUCUUUACAAAGUUAUCAUCAGUAUAAUAACUGUAUCUUUUAUAUUCCAGUCAGAAUAAAGACUAAUGAAAGGUAUUCAUUGCCAAUGUAGGUCUUCAUUUGUGUCAUAAUUUGUGGCAUUGAAUGUGUAUUAUUUUAUUGCAUUUUUGUAUUUAGACUACUGUAGCUUUUAAGAUUUUUGUAUAUUGUAUGAUUUGUAAUAAAAUUCUGUAAGCUCA